GUGGAACCGCAUGUCACCUUUAAUGGCGGCAUGUACAUACGGGCACUUGAAGAUCGUGAAGCUGCUUCUUAACCUCGGGGCUAAUGUCAGCAGAAUAUUUGGACUGUACAGGAGCCCUCUAGGGGCUGCCCUUGAAGCUAACCGCAAGGAAGAGAACAUCUGUAUCUUACUGAUAGAGCGGGGUGCGGACGUUCGGGUGGUCGAUGGCUUGGAUCGGAGCUACAUGCACAUAGCCGCUACCUACGACCUGCCCAACGUCAUCGGUGUACUGGCGGCACGUGGAGCUGACGUCAAUGCCAGGGACAAGCAUCUCGACACCCCGCUCCACAAUGCGGUUCAACGAAAGAACCACCGGGCGAUGGAGGCUCUUCUGGAGGUCAAAGGUAUCGACGUCAGGGCGAAGAACAGACUAGACUACACCGCCCUCCACCUGGCCAGCAAAGAUGGAUGUUCAAGGUCUAGUUCAGACAGGUGGUGA